CGUGACUCUUCCUCCAACAUCAUCUCUACCUGAGCUUUUGAAGAACAGCAAAAACUGUUGACCCCUGCUUUCAACAUGUCUUCCUCUGCACGUUGUUUUGGGACCAACUUCCUUGGGCGCCUUAAAAGCCCCAUCUGUAGCUCCAACGCUGAGCAAGAUGACCACCAACUUCCCAAGUUUGAGCACUUUGGGGAGGCUGUGGCAAUUCCCCGUGGCCCCUACAGUGAUGCCACCCUGGAAUGUGUGAGAGUGGACAUGAUGCAAAAUGAGAACAAGAGCGACCACCACUGUCACUUGUACGAAGGCAAAAACAACAUUCUCAUCGUCCGCAGAGCCCAAGAGUUUCAGAUGACCCUCCAGUUCAACCAGCCCGUAAAUCCCAGUGACAAAUUCCAGAUUGAGUUUUACAUUGGUAUCGAUGCCAACGUGUUGAAUGGCACAAAGAUCAUCAUCUCCUUUGACGGCUCACAAACUGGGAAUUGGACCGGCCGCAUGAUACAGCAACAAGGGGAUGAGUGCGUGGUGGGCAUCACCCCUUCUGCGGACGCCAUCAUCGGGAAGUACUACACGAAUGUGGCGGUCAUCGGGUCCAAUGGAAUCUCAAGGACACAAAAGGACUCUGGAACAGACUUCUACCUCCUGUUCAACGCCUGGGCGUCCAAUGAUGAAGUGUACAUGCCCAAUGAGGAAGAAAGGCAGGAGUAUGUGUUGAAUGAAAAUGGCUUCAUAUAUGAGGAGGAAUCAGGUGAUGGAAGACAAUGGUUUUAUGGUCAGUUUGUGGAAGGGAUUCUUGAUGCCUGUUUCCAAAUCUUGGAUGACUCACACAUGCCUCUAGUAAACAGAGGCGAUGCUGUCAAAGUCUGCAGGAUAGGCUCUGCAAUGAUGAACUCCCAGGAUGACCGCGGGGUCUUGGUGGGCAACUGGAGCGAUGACUACUCCCUUGGCACUGCACCAACCUUCUGGAUUGGCAGUGACCAGAUCCUGCUCCAGUACGUCACCAAAGGGCCCGUCAGCUUCGCCCAGUGCUGGGUCUACGCCGGGACGUUCAACACCUUUCUGCGGUGUCUGGGCAUCCCUGCCAGGGUGAUCACCAACUUCAACUCUGCCCACGACAACACAGGGAACAUAAUCACAGAUCUUGUCUUCAACUCAGUGGGAAAUCAGCUUGAACUGAACGAGCGCCUUACCAGAGACUCAAUCUGGAACUACCACUGCUGGAACGAGGCGUACUUGUCCAGACUUGACCUCCCUGCAGACCAGAACUUUGGUGGCUGGCAGGUGGUGGAUUCCACCCCCCAGGAAACCAGUGAUGGAUAUUUCCGCUGUGGACCUUGCUCUGUCAAAGCCAUCAAGGAAGGAAUGCUUGGCUAUCAAUUUGAUGCCCCGUUUGUGUUUGCUGAGGUGAAUAGCGACGUUUACAAAUACAAGCUAAACUCACAAACUGGGAAAACUGAGUUACUAAGCGUAGACACAACUUAUGUCGGCAUGAAAAUCCUGACAAAGUCCAUUGGUGAGACCAAUGAGCCAAUGGACAUUACAGAGACAUACAAAUACCCAGAAGGCAGUAGUAAAGAUGAGGAGACCAUGAGGAAUGCCGAGAGAACCUACAAGACGCAUUUGCAAUAUGACGAUGAGCAGGGCGUGGCGAUGACGCUGGAGAUCCCGCAGGAGCGUGUGAAGAUUGGCCAGAACUUCCAGAUGGCUGUGGUCUUCAGGAACCUGAGUGAAGACACACGCACCAUCCAUGGCUUCCUGGUCGGCUCCACGAUCUACUACACCAACAUCCAAAGGGCUCAGUUCAAGCAGUUGACCUUUGACGUCACACUGAAACCCAUGGAGACGUCGAGGAUACAGGUGGGCGUGCUGGCCCAGAACUACAUGCCCAAGCUGGGUUGCCAAUCCAACCUCCGCUUCGUGGUGACGGCCAAGAGCUUGGAGAACAACCAGGACUUGACGGCCAUACAGAUAGUGAACCUGAAAGGCCCCGAGCUGGCCUUUGCGAUGAGUGGACCAGCGAAGGUGAACCAGGAGGUAUUUGUCAAGGUGGAGUUCACCAACCCGUUCCCAUUCAGCCUGCAUGACGUGAGGAUGGCCAUGCAAGGGCCUAAUUUCAUCUCAUACCGGGAAAAGUUGUACAGUGAGAUCUCUACCGGCGCCUCCAUCACCUGGAUAGAGUCCUGUGUCCCUACAAGGGCUGGGAAUACAAUGAUCUAUGCUGUCCUGGACUGCUCAGUCCUUGGGAAUGUGCAAGGCAAUUGGGCCGUCGGCGUCCAGGCCUGAGCAUCGCCCAGGAAGCCCUUCCCACCUGCUAAUCGCCUGCCAUCGACCGGAGAACCAUGGACGAAUAGAGGCUCUUGUGUAGAUUUGAAAGGAUUUGAUUGCUGGAUAUGCAAUUCCAUCUAGCUUAUGAGAAGGUGAGGGCGAGCAAAUAACAUACCCCUUACGGAAAAAACACAUGAUUCACGGGUGAAAUUUCCUCCUGGGAAAUCAUGUGAAACCAUGUUUUUUUUUUAGAACACUGAAGUUUACAUGUGGAUUUUACAUGUGAUCACAUAACCUUUCACGUGAAUAUUUUUCAAAUGAGAUUCCACAGAUGAUGCCCUGCAAACAAAAUUAAGUCGUUAGAAAACACACAAACAGUUCUUUUAACAUACAGUGUUUUCAAUGUACAUUUUUGACAUACAUAAUUACAUUGUGUAUGUUUAUUUAUACAGUCAUUAUUAUUCAACAUGUCCUCGGCUGGGUUCAGGAGUAACAUUAAAACAGAAUAAUAUCCCCCACAGUAGACAACUAUUCAGAAAACUAUACUUAUUCUGAAAUAACGAUGAAAUCUAUGGGGAGAGAAUAAUAAGAUGAACUAAAAUAGAAGUGCAGAUGGCACUCUUUUGCUAAGUGCAGACAUGUAUUAUAGAUAAUGAAUGUGUAUAGGAAUGCUAUAGACUUUGAUGGGCAGCAGAAAGAUCAGCGUAACCCAGAAGUUGUCAAUUCUAAUCCCAGGUGGGGUCAUAUUGAAAAGUCACUACUAAGUGAUCAUGUCAAAUGUAAUCAUGUUGACAUUGAUGAAAUAUUUUGUACACUAUUUUAGCUGAAUAGUGUACCAGUUACUUUAAAACCCACAAAUCAUUUGAUUCCCUUACACAAAAAGACAUGCAAAAUCACAUUGUUUAGCUGAAAUGUUCACAUUUCACAAAAGAAAAAUCACAAAAAAAAGAGACUUGAGGUCAGUUCUUCACAUAUGAAACCACAUGUUCACAUGUAUUCACUUUAAAGUUCACAUGUUAACACCACCUUUUCACAUAUGAGGAGAAUAACAUGUUUUCACCUCACGUGGAAUUUGUUUUUCACGUGUGAAAACGUUCACAUAGGAACAUCUAACUCUCAAAUGUGUAGUUUCAUGGUAUCGUACGUAGAUAUUUUGCAUCCUCAUGUUGUCACAUUUAUUUCACGAGAUCAUGUUUUCGCAUGUGUAGUUUCAUGUUAUCAGAUGUUGCUUUUACAUGUUGUCACAGAUGUUAUCACAUGUGAAAUGCAUGUGAUUUUUCUGUAAGGGAUUGCUUUCACCGAUAAGAUUUUUUACAGAAGGGGCUAGGGGCUAGGAGUUGAUUUGGAAUUGGGCAGAAGAGGGAGGGCCAAGUCGCAAUAAGCGCAUCAGUUUAUCUUAUUAUUUCCUCUGCAUUGCCAAAUAUCAAUCAAAUCAAUGUAUUUUCAGGCAUCGGUGACACUUAAAAUUGAAGGGCACCUACAUAAGGUCACAAUAUCAUCACUUGCAUGUCGACUCUUAACAUCCUGUGUAAACUUGCAGUUGUGGACAUAGUUUUUUCAUAAAAGUUAACCCUUCACAAGUGUUUCCAUAUGAAUAUGAUGGAUAGAUUUUUUUUAUGCAGUCUAAUUAGAUUACAGUUAUAUAUCAUGGAUUUAAUUUGGUUUCGAAUCAGCCGCCUCAGAAUCGGGUUUCUGUUAUUUUCGAUCUGACAAACCUUUGCUGACUGUAAAUUUCUCACACAAUCAUGACCUUCAAUCUUUUAACAUUUCAGCUGUGCACUGCUUUUGAUUAACAAUAAAAUAAUUUUCAAAAUCAA